AUUUGCUGAAUCCUGCAAUCACAUAUGCUCCAGACUGCCCGAUCAAGUCAAAGUUAAUGAUGGCUUUAAUUGAUGUGGUGGAGUCUUACUCAGACGAAGAGGUUGAUGGCUUCUUGGUAAUGAAACAAGCAACUACUUAUCGUGAAGCUAAAGAAUCCUUCAGUAGACCAUCAUGUCAAAAAGCAGCACAGAAACUUGACCCUUGUAAGUGUUUGUAUUUAAUAGUUAAUAGUAUAUUGAUGGUCAUUCACUAAUUUUAUAUUUCAUAUUUUCAUGAUUUAGAUGAAUGGUGGACAUAUUAUGGAUGUUCAGUGCCAGAGUUGCAACGUGUUGCGAUGCGCAUUCUUAGUCAAACUUCUUCUUCUUCUGGUUGUGAAAGGAAUUGGAGUUUAUUUGAACGCAUUCAUACAAAAAGAAGAAAUAGAUUGGAGCACAAGAGGCUAAAUGAUUUAGUUUUCACAAACUAUAACUUGCGAUUGAAGCAUAGGAGUACAUUGAAGAAGCAGAAGGCAAGCUAUGAUCCUAUUGACUAUGAAAACAUUGAUUUGGUGGACUUUUGGGUGACUGAAGAAGAUCCUGUUCCAGAGUUUGAUGAUAGAGAUGUGGCGACAUUUGAAAGUGUUUUCAACAAUGAAGACAUUUCAAAUUUGACAACUCCUGGGAGGGAUAAUGAAGGUGGUGAUGAUGAUAUGAAUAUUGUUGAACCUCCACCUCUGCAAGAUGAUGUUGCUACUCCUUCUACUUUUCCUCUUCCAACUAUUGAUGUCUCCAUUCCUGGCCCUGCCAAUGAAUUUAAUGAUGAUUUUGAUUUUCUGUAG